UCGAUCACCUAUCUUCAUCAUGUUCACUAAGACCGCCGUCGCUCUUGCCCUUGUGGCCGUAGCUUUGGGUGCUCCUUCACAGCCUUCUUACGACUACUCUCCACCGGCAACCUAUGACUCUCCUGCCAAGUACGACUUCAACUACGCUGUUAAGGACGACUACUCCGGAAACGACUUCGGUCACCAGGAAGCACGCGACGGAUACAACACUCAGGGUUCCUACUUCGUCCUGCUUCCCGACGGUCGUCUGCAGAGGGUCACUUACACUGUCAACGGCGACUCUGGCUACGUUGCUGAGGUCAGCUACGAGGGUGAGGCCCAGUACCCUGACUAUCAUCCUGCUCCUCCUCACAAGCCUGCUCCUGCUUAUAAGCCUGCUCCUGCUUACAAGCCUGCUCCUGCCUACAAGCCUGCCCCUUCCUAUGAACCCGCUCCCACUUACAAGCCUACCCCUGCUUACGCCUAAGUGUGUAUAACCUAAACUAUAUGCAAGAUAUUUAUUAAACGAAGACCUGAGCA